AACAGCAAGGCAAACUGACACCGUGUUGAUGACUCUGUUUUUUCUUUAACCAAUGAGAAAAGACUUCAUAUCAAAUUGGACCAAUCGGAUUCGGUGAAUCUUUCAAAAAAAACUAUUCAGAGCACAACCUCAGCAGAAAACCAGAAGACUCAUCAUAGUCUAAUUUAACCUUCAUAUUUCAUAACCUCCAUAAACAUGCGUGAGUGUAUCUCAGUGCAUGUUGGUCAGGCUGGUGUCCAGAUUGGCAAUUCCUGCUGGGAGCUCUACUGCCUGGAACAUGGGAUCCAGCCUGAUGGACAGAUGCCCACUGACAAGACCAUUAGAGGAGGAGAUUCUUCCGCCAACACCUUCUUCAGUGAGACUGGCGCUGGAAAGCAUGUCCCCAGAGCUGUUUUUGUAGACUUGGAGCCCACUGUCAUUGAUGAGGUGCGAACUGGGACCUACCGACAGCUGUUCCAUCCUGAACAACUGAUCACUGGCAAGGAGGAUGCUGCCAACAACUAUGCCCGAGGACACUACACCAUCGGCAAAGAGAUCAUUGACCUGGUGCUGGACAGGAUACGCAAACUGUCUGACCAGUGCAACGGUCUUCAGGGAUUCCUGGUUUUCCACAGCUUCGGAGGCGGUACCGGCUCUGGUUUUACCUCCUUGCUGAUGGAGCGUCUGUCUGUAGACUACGGCAAGAAGUCCAAGCUGGAGUUCGCCAUCUACCCAGCUCCCCAAGUGUCCACAGCUGUGGUGGAGCCGUACAACGCCAUCCUGACCACCCACACCACACUGGAGCACUCUGACUGUGCCUUCAUGGUGGAUAACGAGGCCAUCUAUGAUAUCUGUCGCAGAAACCUGGACAUUGAGCGUCCUACUUACAGCAACCUGAACAGGCUGGUGAGUCAGAUUGUGUCCUCCAUCACUGCUUCCCUUCGUUUUGAUGGCGCCCUCAACGUUGAUCUCACAGAGUUCCAGACUAACUUGGUGCCGUAUCCCCGUAUCCACUUCCCUCUGGCCACCUAUGCCCCCGUCAUCUCUACAGAGAAGGCUUACCAUGAGCAAUUAACAGUGUCAGAAAUUACCAACGCCUGCUUUGAGCCCGCCAAUCAGAUGGUCAAAUGUGACCCUCGCCACGGUAAAUACAUGGCCUGCUGUCUUUUGUACCGUGGUGAUGUGGUGCCCAAAGAUGUUAAUGCUGCCAUUGCCACCAUUAAGACCAAGCGCACCAUCCAGUUUGUGGACUGGUGCCCCACUGGUUUCAAGGUAGGCAUCAACUACCAGCCGCCCACUGUAGUCCCUGGUGGAGACCUGGCCAAGGUCCAGAGGGCUGUAUGCAUGCUGAGCAACACCACUGCUAUUGCAGAGGCCUGGGCUCGACUUGACCACAAGUUUGAUCUGAUGUACGCUAAGCGUGCUUUUGUUCACUGGUAUGUCGGUGAGGGGAUGGAGGAGGGAGAGUUCUCUGAGGCCAGAGAAGACAUGGCCGCUCUGGAGAAGGAUUAUGAGGAGGUUGGACUUAAUUCUGCUGACGGUGAGGGUGAAGAACAGGGUGAUGAGUAUUAGAAAGAACAUAAAUCCACUAGCCAGAUAAUUCAAUUUUAGUUUGGAUACAUUCUUAUGUUUGUUGUGUGAAAUGCCAGUUUGGCUACAUUCAGAAUAAAAUUCCUGUGAUGUCAGUUUGUGGAAAAAGCUUGAGGAAGUUGGAGUUCACUGUCGAUGGUCAGGCAGAGUUAGGGGAAUCAAAAGCACUAUUGAAGCUGGAGAUUUCUGGUUUUCUUAAAUGUAUUGCAAAAUCAAAUGGUGGCCAAUACAAUAUAUGUUCAAAAUAAAAGUCCUAGCAGUGUCCUAGAUAUGUUUUUUUUGUGUUUGAUAUAACUUUGAGCAACACCUGUACACUAAAAACUCCAAACUUUAAAUGUAUGUUUUGCAGAACAUAUAUAAUAUUUACAUUGUACUUACUACAAAUCUUACUUGAAAUAAGUGUUGUGAUUUUGUAGUUUAGAAACUAAAGUAUAUUUUAGUUAUUGCAAACCUCACCUGCACCAUUCCUGUGGAUUUUGACAUUCUUUGCUCUUCACAAAAAAAUUCUUAUAGUUAUGAUUACAUUUUAUUAUGAAUAGACAAGAAUAACACCUGCAUCAUAAAAUUGUAAUAAAGAUGAUGAUUUGCUCUACAGCC